UCCAUUUUUCAGUCAACACUUAUAUCUUGCAAUUAAUUGUGCUAUUCUCCUAACUUCUCAUCAAAAUUCUUGUAUAUAUGAACAAUUGGAUAUAGCCAAAUCUAACAAUAUCAUCUACAAAAAAAAAAUGGCAAGAAGUUUCUCUUCAAACUCUAUGCCUUCUCUAAUUUCUCGGCUUGAUUAUUUGGAUUCUAAGAUUAACUAUUUGGAGGGUAGGAAAUGUUCUUCAGCAAGAUGGACUGGUGAUGGUGCACUAGUAGGUGGGGUUGUGAAUAGAGAAUGUGUGCCAUUGGACUUGGCUGUCAUGGAGGCCCAAUCCAAAGGUUCACUUUUGGAUCGAAUUGCGUCUCUCGAGGACCGAUUAAUUCAAGUAUGCUUACACAUUGAAUCUGAAGCUGCAUCUUCAUCAAAUAACUCUGAAUCGGAGCAAACUACAACUUCUCCUCGUGUAUCAAGAAAGGGAUUCUCCAACUCCUUUUCCAGAUUUAGGCUGCCUCAUCGGAGCAACAACCAACCAAUAUCACCAAUUUUCAUCGACAAAUUCCCGAUUACAGAGGGGGAAAAGCAUGUUUGCAAUCCAGAAUGUGGCAUUGGAGCUACUCAAGGGAAGAAGAGUAAGAAGGUUAAGGAUGACAAGUCUUCUCCAAAACGAAAGAAAUUUGUCACUUCUAGUUUGUUACAUUUGAGAUUAUUGGGAUGCUAAUGUUUUUCUUUCCUCGAAUUUCUAAUCUGAUCUGAUUUUUCUAAUUUUUGAUCUGGUCUUAAUGUUUUCUGUAA